AUGAAGACUGUUGUUGCUCUCACCUUUGUCGGUGCCGCCCUGGGCGCUCCCACCAAGACCAUCGAGAGCCGAACAUUCGGAGGUCUGGGGAGCGGUCUCGGUGGUCUCGGUGGUCUUGGUAGCGGUAGCGGUGGCGGUGGCCUCGGUGGCCUCAGCGGCCUCAGCGGUCUCAGCGGCCUCGGCAGCGGUGGCCUCGGUGGACUUGGAAACUUGGGAAGUGGUGGUCUGGGAUCUCUGACCGGAGCCUCGGGCAGCAGCAGCGGCCUGGGAGCGCUGGCAUCGCUCAUCCCCAGUGGAGGCAACCUCGGGGGUCUCAGUGGCCUCGGCAACCUGGGUAACCUUGGAUCGCUGGGUUCCCUGGGCUCUCUCGGCGGAUCAAGUGGCGGCUCUGGCCUUGGAUCGCUGGGCUCCUUGGGCUCUCUGGGCUCGGCUCUCGGAGGCACCUCUUCAUCCUCCGACGCCAGCGCUGAUGCAAGCUCCGGCUCCGGCUCCAGCACCAGCUCCAGUGCCGGCUCCGAUGUGAGCGCCAGCGCCAGCGCGAACGCCAACUCUCAGUCUGAUGCGAGCGCCAACGUCAAUGCUGGCUCCGGCGCCAGUGCCGGCUCUGGUCUGGGUGGUUUGGGUUCGUUUGCCUCUCUUGGCUCAGGUCCGAAUGCCUCUCCUUCCGGUUCUGCGGUGAAUGUUGGCUCUUCAGGAGACACUCUUUCUAAACGCCAGUUUACAGGCUCGAUCACUGCCAACGAUGUCACUAGCAAAGCCAGCUGCAAGGAGCUGACGUUUAUCUUUGCACGUGGAAGUGAUGAAAUGGGCAACAUGGGCUCCGUGAUCGGACCUCCCGUGGCCAGCCAGCUGAAGUCUCUGACUGGCAACAAGGUCAACGUGCAGGGUGUUGACUAUGCCGCAACGGCAGCGCCGUCAAUCGAUGGCGCGCCUUUGUCCCUUUCUCGUAUCAAGCCUCGUCGACUGACCAAGAUUGAUUCCUCUCCUCAGAGCAACGUCGCAAUGGGAUCCAACGGCGGUCCCAUCAUGGCCAACUUGGUCAAGACUGCCCUCGCCCAGUGCCCCGACACCAAGGUGGUCCUGGGUGGUUACUCUCAAGGUUCAAUGGUGGUGCACAACGCCGCCAACAGCUUGAGUGCGGAUCAAGUGGCUGGUGCGGUGCUCUUCGGUGACCCCUUCAAGAUGCAGGCCGUCGGCAAGCUGCCCAAGGACAAAGUCAAGGAGUUCUGCGCUCUGGGCGACCCCGUCUGCGAGAACGGUGCCAAUGUGAUGGCGCAUCUGAGCUACGGCGCCAAUGCCAAGGAGGCUGCUCAAUUCCUUCUGCAGGCUGCCGGUAUUUCUGCUUCCUCUUAA